CACAACAAUCAACAAAUCACAAUUCACAACAGAGAAUCAUAAGAGAAUCUCAAUAUUUUUUACCUGAGAUCUCGUGAAUGAAAUAAUAAAAAGUUUUAUGGAGUAUUUGUAGAGUUAAUUACUGGUAUAAUUAUAGCACUUUAAUUUAUUAGGGUCAGUGCUCUUAAUUAUAAAGUACGUAACACGACGCGGACGUAUUGGUCGCUUGUCAUUACAUUACAUUUACGAAGAAUUUUAUUGAAUACGCUGCAAAACUCGGCGACUUUACGACGGGUUUUUAUUGAAUUUUCUUCGAAAAAUAUCCCACGGCUCAUUAAAAUGUCUAGAGAAAAGGUGCCUAGAGAAAAAGUUUCUAGAGAAAGAGAUACUAAAAAGGAAAGAUCCCACAGACGUAAAAGCAAAACAAACAGAAUAUGCAAAGAAGUGAUGUUAAAUAUACUUAAGAAACUUUUCUUUUUCUUCCGAACCUGCUUUGAUAUGUUCGUCAACUAUGUAUUCUCUUUUUACUGGGAUGGAACACACCAAGCCAUACCGGAUUUGGAUAAAAAACAUGCUGUACUUAAAGAAAGCGCUACAAAGUUAGCUGAGAAGAUAAAAAAUAAGGAAUUGAAAUCUGAAGAACUUGUUAUGGCUUGCAUUGAAAGAAUUAAACUGGUCAACCCGUUCUUGAAUGCGGUAACAGACGAAAGGUACGAGGAUGCCCUAAAGGAGGCGCGGGAGGUCGACAAACAAAUAGAGGCUGGGCUAUCCGAAGAGGAUACAAAGAAACCAUUUUUGGGUGUUCCAUUCACGGCAAAAGAGAGCCAUGCAGUUAAAGGCAUGCUGCACACUCUGGGGAUCAUUUCACGCAGGAACGUGCGCGCAGACGAGGACGCGGAGUGUGUUCGGCUCAUGAGGGCGGCCGGCGCCAUUCCCGUCGCGGUCACCAAUGUGCCGGAGAUCAAUAAGUGGCAAGAAACUCGUAAUAUGCUGUUCGGACAGACGAACAACCCGUACCAUACCGGGCGCACUUCGGGCGGGUCCAGCGGCGGCGAGGCGGCCCUGUGUGCAGCGCUGGCUAGUCCCAUAUCACUGUGUUCUGAUAUCGGUGGCUCGACCCGCAUGCCCGCAUUCUACUGCGGCCUGUACGCACUCAACCCGACUGCCGAACACACCAGUAUGAAAGGUUCGACUCUCCGUUCGGGCAGGGACCCCACCAUGGCGUCCAUCGGGUUCGUCAGCAAGCACUGCGAAGACCUGAUCCCGUUGACCAAGGUCGUGGCGGACGAGAAAGCACACCUGCUGGAUUUGGACAGACAAGUCCACGUCAAGGACCUGAAGUUCUAUUACGUGGAGAGUGUAAAUGAUCUGCGCAUCAGUCCUAUCGGCGGCGAUCUCAAAAAAGCUAUGAAAAAAGUAAUAUACAAGCUGUCAUCUCAAGCUGAAACCACAGACAAAGCACCCAAGCCGUAUUACCACGAGGGGUUUAACCACGCCUUUGCUCUGUGGCGCCACGGCAUGACCAAAGAGGCGGACUCGUUUGCACAACUGCUCGCAAACAACGAAGGUGAAGCCAACGGACUUGUGGAGUUGGGCAAAAAGCUAAUAGGCGCAUCGCAGUUCACCCUGGCGGCAAUUAUAAAGCUACUCGACGACCAAGUGUUGCCCCCAGUGCCGGCGACUUGGGCGGACGACCUCACUCAACAACUCAAGGACGACCUCGUUGAAACCCUGGGCUCGGAUGGAGUGCUGCUCUUCCCGUCGGCGCCCUACCCCGCGCCCUACCACUACGCACCUUUCCUGCGCCCCUUCAACUUCGCGCUGUGGGGGGUGUUCAACUCGCUCAAGUUGCCCGUCGCACAGGUACCCCUUGGCCUCAACUCCGACGACCUCCCGCUCGGCUUACAAGUGGUGGCAGCACCGAAACAGGACGCCCUGUGCGUCGCCGUCGCCGACCACAUCGGGAAAAUGUUCAAGGGCUACGUACCGCCUUGCCAAGUUCCCGAGUAGUGUGGGCGCGUCUUUAUGCCCUCCGAAAACAAGUAUAAUUAAAAUCGGCCUAAUGAGAUAACGUUAAAAUCCACUUAACAAGCUUAUCACUGCUGCCAAACAGCAUUGCCGUGUUCCGGUGUGUAGGAAGUAGUUGCCGCUGUAAUUACAAGCGGCUUAAAACCUUUUUUGUAAAUUCUAUACAGAGAAAAUGCCUGACGCAUACCACUCCGUUGGGGGAAACGGAGUAGUUAUGUGAGACUUGCACCCACUAAAAACUCUUGUGUGUCCCUCGAUACACCUUCAAGGGAUUCACUUGCGUAUUCACCGCACUCUCGCCAAAUGCGGCCUAAUACCUGCACCUUAAAUUUGUAUAUAUUUUAUGUGUUAUGUUUAAGUACUUUUGAUUCUGUUUUGUUUUUCUUUAUGACAAUAAAGCGUUUUUUCAUUUUUCAUUU